GGGCCUUGUUGGGCAGGUAACACUGAAUGCCCUCACCUAAGUAAUGCGGCAGAGAUUACAACAGACCUGGUCCAAGAAGGAUGUAAAGGACGACAAACAAUCAUAUGCAGGUACCUGGUAGCUAUUCAACGUUACCGAGAAGAGGCGAUUGGACUCAUAAACCACAACUGUCACCAGUAUGACCGUUCUAGGCUACGGUCCGCAUGGCUGGAGAGGGUCCAAGUUAACAACCGACAUAUGGCUGACCAGAUGUAUAUGUCGUUACAAGGCCUUACAAUCAUACUGAAGGACAACUACAAAUUAGACGCAUUGAUGAGAGAACACAUUUUCCAGUAUCUGGGAUCUAAAAUGUCGGAAAAGUUCUCCUUUUUCUCGUUUAUGGAUAAACUCAUGCAGCCGCUUGAAUACAAACUGUCUACCAUUGGAGCAUUCGUUAAUGACGUUCAUUCAGAAUUGUCAUUCAUGGAACGUGUAGGCAUUCGAGAAAUCAAAACAUCGUCGGUUCAAAAUUUAAUCCAGCUGUUGUCAGCAUUCUGUGCUAAUUUUAACGUUUCAUUUGUUGAGAUACAGAAAGAGAAAAACAUUGUGUCGUUUUAUUUGAAAAUGUUUUCCGACAACGUAUUAUCAUCUGAUGCUGAAAUUUUAGUGAACUCGUACCACUCCAAAUACGCGGUAACAUACUCGAAGUACCGACUCAGGGCUGAGAAAUAUCCUACCACGUGGGGAGUAGUGAUGUACAUGAUACCCGAUGUCCUUCAGAACGACCACGACACAAACGCACAUCUCUGGACACAUACCCAGGACACGAUAUUGCAGAGGGUACCGACUUGGCGUCCGACCGAUGGUUUAGACAUCUACAAGACAUUCCUGUCGAAAUUACGCUCUACACUAGACGGGUAUUCUGAAUUUGGGUGGUUCCAAGUGAAGCUAAGGGCAACAUUUCCUUUCACAUUAAAAGGACUGGAUUGGAUAAAAAACACACGACAAGUGAUUGAACAGAAAGAGAUGCGAAUUAUUCAAUUAGCAAAGGAGAGGGAUUGGUUUGAAGUAAAAUUCAAAAUGCACCAUCUGAGCAGCACAUAUUCUAAAUUUGUCAAGGAGUUGAAAGAUUAUCGUACUGGAAUAAUUACCGAACGGUUAACAAGCGAGUCCGAGAUAAACAAUCUUUCAGAAAAAUGUGCUUGUGAAUUUCAAGACAUCCUGAGUAUUCUCCAAAACAUUUGGAAUACGACAACGGGUCGACAUAUGUCAGAAACACAUGAUACAUUUACAUUAGAAGAACUACAAUAUAUUCCCUAUCAAACCAAAGAUUUCCAAAAUCCAAGAAUGCUUUUAAAUCAAGAAAGCAAGCUUCUUCCAUGGAUAAAGUUUGACUUCAAUCUCGAACGUUUCGAAGACUGGAUGAAAUCACGAUUAUCCUUGUACGAGGAGGUUUCGAGGUGUUCCAACAAAAGGCACUCUGUUAGUGAUAUCCUUAAAUCGUUGGGCGUUUAUAUUUGCAAAUAUGGCGGAUCAUCUGUAAGUUUAGAUACGGUUGUGUCAUCAGAGGAUGUAUUGUGUACACUCUCUACAGUCAGAUUAGAUUGUAAUGAUUAUGAUUCUUAUCCCCUCGAAAUGUUAAGAGAAAAAUGCGGGUCUUCGAAACAUCCUUCGAAUACACUUUGUAGCGAGACCGUUAAACAACGAAAAGAAGUGCUUAUUGAACGGGAAGUCCGUGAAGCUGUUUCAGACCAAAGUGUCGGUGAUGUCGGUUUUGUCUUUGAUAACAUCUAUAAUAAACUAAGACACGAUGAGUUGUCAAGGAAAUAUGGAUUGAGUAUUUCUAGGUUACAUAUACUGCACACUAUCUCUCGACUUUAUCCCGAAAGAGAAGAGUUUGGUUUCUAUAAAAUGUCAUUCUUCCAGCAGAAUCAUCAGUCUUUUUCGGCAGAUGUCUUUGAUUUAAUGUCAUCCUUUGCUAUCGAGCAAAGGAACAAUUAUAUGAAGCAAAGGUUUCGAAAGCACUUUUGUGAUAACCAUGGAUUUUGUGUUGAACACAAAUCUUCUGUAGAUAAUUUCACUAGUGUGAUGGUGCAAGAUAGAGCACAUGUUGUAAUCGAGAAAGACAGCAUACCAAUAUUUCAAGCUCGAAAGCAACUAGCAGAUCACACAGCUUCUACAGCACCAACAACUCAUAUAAACAUCCACUGUUUAAUUUUCCUGUUAGUUUAUCAUCUUUAGCUAGGGAUACUGCAAAUGCAGUUACUUCUCGAUUUAUAUAUUUAUUUCUAAAUGACUUAUAAAUUCCGCAACGGUUUUCAGACAGAAUUUACUUCGUUAAAUGAUUAAAUACUUAAAUCGAUAGAAAUUAAGUACGCAUAUUACUCAGAUGAAAAGAAAUUAACUGUUUUAAGUACUUGAGUCGAUGGAAAUUUAAUAAAUAUACUACUUAGAUCGGUAGAAAUUAAGUAUACUAUUCGGAUUGAUAGGAAUUGGUAAGUAUACUACUAGAUUGAUAGGAAUUGGUAAGUAUACCACUAGAUUGAUAGGAAUUGGUAAGUAUACUACUAGAUUGAUAGGAAUUGGUAAGUAUACUACUAGAUUGAUAGGAAUUGGUAAGUAUAUUACAAGAUUGAUAGGAAUUGGUAAGUAUACCACUAGAUUGAUAGGAAUUCGUAAGUAUACUACAAGAUUGAUAGGAAUUGGUAAGUAUAUUACAAGAUUGAUAGGAAUUGGUAAGUAUACUACAAGAUUGAUAGGAAUUGGUAAGUAUACCACUAGAUUGAUAGGAAUUGGUAAGUAUACUACUAUAUUGAUAGGAAUUGGUAAGUAUAUUACAAGAUUGAUAGGAAUUGGUAAGUAUACUACAAGAUUGAUAGGAAUUGGUAAGUAUACUACAAGAUUGAUAGGAAUUGGUAAGUAUACUACUAGAUUGAUAGGAAUUGGUAAGUAUACCACUAGAUUGAUAGGAAUUGGUGAGUAUACUACUAGAUUGAUAGGAAUUGGUAAGUAUACCACUAGAUUGAUAGGAAUUGGUAAGUAUACUACUAGAUUGAUAGGAAUUGGUAAGUAUACUACUAGAUUGAUAGGAAUUGGUAAGUAUACUACUAUAUUGAUAGGAAUUGGUAAGUAUAUUACAAGAUUGAUAGGAAUUGGUAAGUAUACUACAAGAUUGAUAGGAAUUGGUAAGUAUACUACAAGAUUGAUAGGAAUUGACUGAUAAACAAAAUGUUAUGUAGACGGGUAGAAAUUAACCCACUGAAAUAUAUUUUUGUAAGCUAAUGUUCAUAUUACGUAUAUAUAAAUGUUGAGUUAGCUCAUUCUAUAUAACUGUAUCACUAUUAUUGCAAGUUAUGUACAAGAAGAAUUAAAAGGACACUUGUUGUACUCUUCAAUAUACUUUAUAAAUUAGUAGGUGUGUUAUACUGCUUAAGACUUUUUCCAACCUUCGCAUCUGUUUCCAUGUCAGUUUUUCCUUCGUUAAUAUUUUCCACGGAUUUAAUUGAUUUUGAAAUCGGUUGACAGAUCUGUUUUAACUGAUUUAACUCUGUUCUUCUGUAAUUUUAAAUCAUACACACAAAAUAAACUUGUGACCUUUCUAUAACAGUAUCUUGCACAUGAUAUUUUUUUUUCACGUUAAACCAAUGAAUACUUCAGUAGAUAAAUUUAUUGUCGUGUUGGUGGACUAUCAAUAAAUAAUCACAUUGAAAAUUAUAUUAUUGUGAAGUUUUGAAAUAUCAGGCAAUGUAUUGUUUUUGGUUAUCACGUCACUAAUAGGUACAUAUUGGGUAUGCUAUGCCAUUCUUCAACAACAUGAAUAAUGUAUAGACAUACUUCUUGUAGACUUAUCGAUUUGACUUAAAUUAAGAUGUAUUUAGUUUUUGAUUUAGAUAUAAAACUGCAUCAAUUUGAAUUCGAAAUACAAAGAAAAUGUUCAUUAAUAUUAAGUAUCCGAAUAUGCUGAAAACUUUGUAUUUUUUAACAAUGUAAAUAGUUGAUCGAAUGUCAUGUUUUUAUAAUAAAUCUAAUAUUCACACUGAAA